UUGACAGUCGCCCAUCGAUCGGCUUUCAAUGUGAAAGGAAGCGUUUGAAGAUAUAUAACUUAUUAUGUUUUGUGUCGCUGAAAGUGUAAUUCUAUUGAUCCGCGGCUUCAUUUGCUUUUCUGAUAUAUGAGCAUCCUCAAUGAAGACUUUUCUUGACACCCAGUGGCAUUCUUAGUUUUAUUGGACAUGGUAUAGGAAUGUAGAACAAGUGUGGGGGAAAAGGAAUUGAGUUUUCGGUCGGCGUAGUGGCCUGGUCAUUGUGUGUCAUCAAUUAAAGGUUAAAAUUCAGCAUGGUUCAACUGUUUUACUACGAGACAAGAGGCAAAUGCUGCCGAAAGUUCUUCAGCCAUGAAGGUGUUCCGACAAAAAUACAUUUAUUUCCAUAUGAAGGAUGGGCACAGCCAGCUCUCUCGUCAUAUUGGUUGCUGAAGACGUAUUGGUGGAGCAGGUCACGUGUAAAAAUAUCAGAGGUCGCAGGGUCACAAAAGCACGAGGUCAAAGGAAAGGUGCAUUAUGUGAAGAAUGGCUCUGUCGUGAUUUCGGGCAAAAUCAAGGAUAACACAAACGCGGAUUUUAGAAUGCAUUUAACAUCGAAUGUGAGUAAUGCAGAUUUUCAGCUUGGAUACUGCAUUACAGGAACACUUGAAAGGGGAGACAAAAAGUGCGAGAAAGGAAUGACUUUAACACAUUACGCUAUGAUUAAAAGAAGAGGUUAUUGAACUUUUUUGUUAAAUAAAUAGGGCUUAUUUAUGCUAUGGAGAAUACGAGUUGUUACUUUAAACGUGCGUUAAUAUUGUAUAGUUAAAGCUUGUUAAAUGUUUAUUUUUCUCAAAGUUAUGUUUAACAAAAAGAAAAUUGUUUUGUGAAACCAGUGUUUAUGUUGUGUUUUACAUAUUUUAUAAUCUGUUUUUUGUUUUAUUGAUGAAUCUAAAGGCUGCAUAAUAUUACUGUUACCAAAGUUAUUACUGUUUUAUUUAAAAUAUAAUUUAUUCGUUUUAAAUGACUCCUGAAUACUUAUUUAGAUCUAUUUAAGGCUUAAUACGCCGACAAACGUUUUGUUAAGUUUUAGCUAUGCCAGUAAGAAAAUUGAAUAUUUGGAAUGUGUUUAGAUGUACUACAAACAACUGCUUUUAAUGGCGUCUAUUAUAGAGAUUAUACUUGUCGUUACAAUAUAUUAAAUAUAGAAAUAACAAAACUGUUCAAAACGUUGUUU